AUGGCGGACCUAGAUGAAGCUGCAAUCAACAAUCCCUCCACUGGAGGUGGCUAUGCCGAUAUCGAUCUAUCGGAUGAGACUCAGGACUUCCGCAUGCUCAACAACCUCUCCUUCCUGACAGACGCGGCAGAUGCCUCCAUUCCCAAGCGAGGUGAAAAGGACUUCGAGCCAAACCCGACCCUCUUCCAGGCCGACAUUCUCUCCGCCUCGCGACAGGCGAUGCAUAAUGCCCUUGCAUACCCACGACUACACAACCCGAAGAACGAAGUUAUUGGGAUUUACGCUCCAAAUGGACCUGUGCCGCCUGCAUCUUCCAAAACCUUAGACUCAAUCACCGAAGACUCUCCGGCUGAGAGACCAGCUCCCGUUUCAGUUGGCGCGAACGUACACCCGGAGUCAUGCGUCUAUGUUGCGAUCCCGAAAGGACAAUACUUCAAAACACUUGGGCAGGCAGAUCGUUGGGGACGGAUAUGGCUUCUUCCCGAAGAGGCGCUGUAUCUGCUUGAACGAGGCACCCUGGAUAUAAGAUGGCCCCGCUGUGCUGUCGGAGAAGGCGACGAAGAUGAUAUCGAAGACUCCGGGAUACCGAUGAGCUUACAGGCUGCGUAUGCAUGUCUAGUCGGUCGUGGUGGGUUAACAAUGGAGAGGUUUUCUGUUUUUACGGGUCUUCGACGCUUGGGCUAUUCCGUGUUUCGAGCAUCUGCAUGGUCCGAAAAUGGCGAAAAUGAUAAAGUAUCAAGCGAUAUCACAGGGCCAACUAAACCACAAGGGUCAGGUCUAGUUGGGAUUUUCACACAUUUGCUAAAAUGGCUUCGUGAUACUGCCCCGACAACGGCAGCAGGCCCUGUCGCUGGCCUUGGUUUCCAUCGCAGCUACGAUGAUAUCUAUCGCAGAAUCUCAAUAAUACCUUAUUACGACCCUGUCACCGCCCCCUCUCCUUCUCCACGCGCAGAGUUGCCGUACGCCGUCGUGUGGCAUGUUUACAAACCGUCGCCUAGUUUCCGCAAGUCUGCUCGACCCUAUCCUGAUUUUAAGAUCGCGGUCGUCAAUGCUCGAACACAUACCACCGUCCCUACCCUUUCUCAAAUCGGCAGCUUACUAGAGAGCACACCUCUAGACCCACCCCGGUCAGAUAGGCAACUCUAUGUGAGAAUACGCAAUGGGUAUCGAAACGUCAUCCUAGCUGUCGUCGAUCAGGGAAUCGUGAGUUAUCUCCGGAUCGCAGAUGCAGCCUUCGGCAAGGAAAAGAUAUACGAGGCGCGACCUUCCGGUGGUAACAAGUUGCGCGGCCCGCCCCGACAUAAAUUUAAGAAGCGAUGA